ACUGUGCAGCACAGGGUGGGCAGUGUAACAGGCUGGGGGGCUAUUGCUGAAGAUGCUGGGGAAGACAGUGAGAAGGGUUCCUCUGCAGCCUCACUAGAGAACAUUUCCUCUUUCCCACUGCAACAUAAGAUGCUAAAGAGGUAACACAUUGGGAAGAAAGCCUCAACGCGGAAUCAAACCAAGAACUUUAAUCUAACUUGAUUUUAUAGUUUGGACAACACCCCAAGUUCUUUAGCUUAUGGUACAGCCAAUAAAAAAAAACACAGGGAGGGGGCUCCAUGACGGUUUCCAGCCAUGCAAUGUUCCUGGAAGGCUGUCCUCUUACUAGCUCUGGCUUCUAUUGCAAUUCAGUAUACAGCCAUUCGCACCUUCUCCACCAAAUCCUUCCAACUUUGCCCCACUGCCAAUCCAGCAAACUGUAGCCCUGGCACAGAUCCCUCAGACUCCCUGGAUAGAGUGUGUGACGAUAACCCACCAUUUUCUUCUAACUUCUCCAGAAAGACUCAUAUUCUUAUCUUGGCUACCACUCGCAGUGGGUCCUCUUUUGUAGGUCAGCUCCUCAAUCAGCAUUCAGAUGUCUUCUACUUGUUUGAACCUCUUUAUCAUGUCCAAUAUACCUUAAUUCCUAAGAUGACUCAAAGUAAGAGCCCUGCUGACCGCAGGGUGAUGCUGGGAGCUAGCAGAGACCUUUUGAGGAGCUUGUAUGAUUGUGACCUUUAUUUUAUGGAGAACUAUAUUAAGCCACAGCCCAUUAAUCACACUACAGAUAAACUAUUCAGGAGGGGAGCAAGCAAAGCCUUAUGCUCUUUGCCAGUCUGUGACACUGAUAUAUAUCUAGAAGAGGGGGACUGUGUUAAGAAAUGUGGAAGUUUGAAUCUAACAUUGGCAAUGGAAUCCUGUAAGGACCAUGACCAUGUGGCUAUUAAAACAGUCCGGGUACCUGAAGUAAAUGACCUACGGGCUUUGGUGGAGGACCCACGGCUAAAUAUGAAGGUGAUACAGUUAGUGAGGGACCCCAGAGGCAUCUUGGCUUCUCGCACAGAAACUUUUCGAGACACUUACAGGCUAUGGAGAAUAUGGAGAGCCACUGGCCGUAGACCAUAUAACCUGGAUGUUACUCAGCUGACCACAGUUUGUGAGGACUUCUUAAACUCUGUGUCUACUGGACUUAGUCGGCCUCAGUGGCUAAAAGGUCGAUAUAUGCUGCUUAGAUAUGAAGACCUGGCUAGAAAUCCAAUGAAAAAGAUGGAGGAGAUAUAUGAUUUCCUUGGUGUCCCAGUAGAUGGAAAUGUAGAGCGAUGGAUCCAGAAUAAUACUCGUGGUGAUCAGUCAUCAGCCAAACACAAAUAUGGCACUGUCAGAAACUCUGCAGCCACAGCUGAAAGCUGGCGACUGACUCUUUCAUAUGACAUUGUAGAAUUUACCCAGAAUGCCUGUCGGCAAGUACUAUCCCAACUAGGCUAUAAGACUGUUGGUUCAUCCCUGGAACUUCGAAACCUCUCCUUCAGCUUAAUAGAGGAUAAAACUUUUACUCUAUUUUUGUAA